UAUCAGCAGCUCAGGAUGAAGGUCUGUCCCACUCUGAUCUGCCUCUUCCUCCUCACUCUGCAGGAUGGAGAAACUCUGAGAAACUACAGAGGAAAGGAAGGAGGAAGCAUCACAGUUAGAUGUGAAUUUGGUUACUUUGGAAAGAAAAGGUUCCUUUGUAAGGAAACUUGUGAAGGAGAAAAUAUUCUCAUUGAAACAACUAAAGAUAAAGAUCAGAGAGGCAGAUUCAGCAUCAGAUAUGAAAACAGAAAUAUUUUUUCAUUUGAUUUUCUACAUGUGAGCAUCACAGAUCUGAAACCGUCAGACUCAGGACGGUACCGGUGUCGCUCCGAUGAAACCAUUGAUGGAACUCUAUACGAUGAUUUUUAUCUUGUUGUGACUGAAGAUUCUUCAGAACCAAAAUGGACUCAAAGACCUUUUCUAGGAUCAACUUUUCUCCCUACAGCUUCAACAACAAGAAAGAGAACAACUAGAACAUCAACUCAGAGUUUCUCUCUUUCUCCAUCUGAAACCAUCAAACUCCCUGAGAAACCAGCUGCAGCUCCAGGUUCAUCAUCUGUUCAUGUUUAUUAGACGUUGAUGAGAUAAUUUGGGUUUAUUAAAGUCCAAAUUUAUUUAUAAGUGAAACUCAGAGCUGAUGAACAUUUAAGGUUAAUCUACCCAUUAUUAAAAAUAUUCUACAGGAAUACAAAUUUACAAAUAUGUGAAUUACUAAAACAUU